GCGGGGUCAAGACAAAGCCACGCCCCCCGCCCUCAUUCCGGGUGCCACCAGACCCCCCAGUCGGGAGUCGGAUCCGAGCGCGGCGCAGCUCGGACUCCCUGGGCCCCUCGGUCCAACCGGCGAUGGCGUCACCGCUGCCGCUGUUCUGUCUCUGCGUCGCUGCCGCCUCGCACCUGGCGGGGGCCCGAGAUGCUCAGGAGCCCACCGCAGCUGCCUGGGGCCUGCAGGGACGCACGCUGCACCCAGGCCAGCCCUCGCCGGCCCUGGAGGACUGGGAAGAGCCCAGCGAGUGGACGUCCUGGUUCAACGUGGACCACCCAGGCGGAGACGGAGACUUCGAGAGCCUGGCCGCCAUCCGCUUCUACUACGGGCCCGCGCGCGUGUGCUCGCGGCCGCUGGCGUUGGAGGCGCGCACCACGGACUGGGCGCUGCCGUCGGCGGUGGGCGAGCGUGUGCACUUGAACCCCACACGCGGCUUCUGGUGCCUCAACCGAGAGCAGCCGCGCGGCCGCCGCUGUUCCAAUUACCACGUGCGCUUCCGCUGCCCCCUCGUGGUCACGUGGAACGCUUCGGAGGCAUUGGGUCCCUGCUCCGGGAGCUGUGGACCAGGCGGUCGCCGCGGCUGCCCAGGCCGGGGUAGGGGCGCGUGUCCAGGGCUCCGCCAGGAGGCGCAGAAGUGCGGGAGGCCUCUGUGCCCAGGAUGCAGUCCUGACACCUGUGGGUGCCCUGACCACAUCCUCCUGGGGUCCGUGGUCACCUCAUCGGGGCGCCCGCUGUCAGGAGCCAGGGUCUCCCUGCAGACUCAGCCUGGCACCAUUGCCACCAGCGAUGCCCAUGGAGCCUUCCGGGUGCCUGGCAUCUGUGCCGGAAGCCGGGCUAAUGUGAGUGCCCAGAUGGAUGGCUUCUCUCCGGGGCUGGCCCAGGCUCGCGACAAUGGCUCUAGUUCUUUGGUGGCCACCAUUGUUCUGGAUAAGCUAAAGAAGCCCUACCUGGUGAAGCACCCAGAGUCGCGUGUGCGAGAGGCCGGACACAACGUGACCUUCUGCUGCAGGGCUGCAGGGACACCCGUGCCCAAGAAAUACUCGUGGUUCCACAAUGGGACGCUGCUGGACCGGCAGCAGCAUGGGUCUGGCACCCACCUGGAGCUGCAUGGGCUGCGUGCGGAACAGGCGGGCCUCUACCACUGCAAGGCAUGGAGCAAGGCGGGCACUGUGCGCUCUGGCCCUGCCCGGCUCACUGUGCUGGCCCCUGGCCAGCCAACGUGUGACCCCCAGCCCCAAGAGCACCUCAUCAAACUGCCCGAAGGCUGCGGCAGGCAGGGCAGCAGCGGCCCUGCCUACCUAGACGUGGGUCUCUGCCCAGACACCCGCUGCCCAGGCCCCACAGGCUCCGUCACCAGCUGUGGGGAAGUAGGCUCGAGCUGCUGUGCCGUGCGCCGCCUGGAGAGCCGGGAGAUCCGCUGUGCUGGCUACGUCCUGCCAGUGAAGGUGGUGGCCGAGUGUGGGUGCCAGAAGUGCCUGCCCCCACGGGGGCUUGUCCGGGGCCGCCUGGUGGCUGCGGACUCCCAGGAGCCCUUGAGCUUUGCCAGGAUCCUCCUGGGCCCAGAGUCCAUUGGCUUUACCUCCUACCAGGGCGACUUCACCAUCGAGGUGCCGCCCUCCACAGAGCGGCUGGUGGUGACAUUUGUGGACCCCCGCGGCGAGUUUGUGGAUACCGUCCGAGUGCUGCCUUUUGACCCCCAAGGCACGGGCGUGUACCACGAGGUCAGGGCCAUGCGGAAGAAGCCGGCUGCCCUGCUGAACACCAGGCAGAGCAACAGGAUCCCGCUUGGGGACCUCGAGGGAGAGGCGCCCAUCGGGGAGCUGGUGCUGCCGCCUGGAUCCAUCCGGGCUCCUGACGGCAGCCCCUACACAGGGAGCGUGGAAGCCCAGGUGACCUUCGUGGACCCCAGAGACCUGGCCUCCGCGGUGGCGGCCCCCAGUGACCUGCGCUUUGUGGACCGUGACGGUGACCUGGCCCCGCUGCGCACCUAUGGGAUGUUCUCCGUGGACCUGCACGCACCGGGCUCCACAGAGCAGCUGCACGCUGGGCCCGUGGUCGUGCGGGUGGCCGCUGACCAGAUCCGCAUGGCUGGCCACGCCAAGGCCCUCCGGCUGUGGUCCCUGGAGCCCGAGACUGGCCUGUGGGAGGAGGAGAGCAGCUUCAGGCGCCAGAGCUCCACGGGCCCCCGCGUGCGCCGCGAAGAGCGUGUGUUUCUGGCGGGCAACCUGGAGAUCCGUGAGCGGCGGCUGUUCAACCUGGACGUGCCUGAGCGCCGCCGCUGCUUUGUGAAGGUCCGUGCCUUUGCCAAUGACAAGUUCGUGGCCAGUGAGCAGGUGGAGGGUGUGGUGGUGACGCUCGUGAACCUGGAGCCCGCGCCCGGCUUCUCUGCCAACCCACGCGCCUGGGGCCGCUUUGACAGCGCGGUCACCGGGCCCAAUGGCGCCUGCCUCCCCGCCUUCUGCGAUGAGGACCGGCCUGACGCCUACACAGCGCUGGUCACCGCCACCCUGGGUGGUGAGGAGCUGGAGCCCGCACCCUCAGGACCCCGGCUGCUCCCGGCCACUGUGGGUGUCACGCAGCCCUACCUGGACCGGCUGGGCUACCAGCGCACCGACCACGACGACCUGGCCUUCAAACGCACAGGCUUCCGCAUCAACCUGGCCAAGCCCAGGCCUGGGGACCCCAACGAGGCCAAUGGCCCUGUGUACCCAUGGCGCAGCCUGCGAGACUGCCAGGACGCCCCGGUCACUGCCAGCCAUUUCCGCUUCUCACGCGUGGAGUCGGACAAGUAUGAGUACAACGUGGUCCCCUUCCGGGAGGGCUCGCCCGCCUCCUGGACCGGCGACCUCCUGUCCUGGUGGCCCAACCCACAGGAGUUCCGCGCCUGCUACCUCAAGGUGAAGGUCCAGGGCCCCCAGGAGGUGGUGGUACGAUCACAUAACGUGGGCGGCAGCCACCCCCGCACCCAGGGACAGCUCUACGGCCUUCGGGACGCCCGCAGUGUGCGCGACCCCCAGCGGCCCAGCACCUCGGCCGCCUGCGUGGAGUUCAAGUGUGGCGGGAUGCUAUUCGACCAGCGGCAGGUGGACAGGACGCUGGUGACCAUCGCCCCCCAGGGCAGCUGCCGGCGCGUGGCUGUCAACGGGCUCCUGCAGGACUACCUGGCCCGGCACCCCCCGCCCGCACCCACCGACGACCCGGCUGCCUUCGCCAUGCUGGCACCCCUGGACCCCCUGGGUCACAACUAUGGUGUCUACACGGUCACGGACCAGAGCCCGAGGCUGGCCAAGGAGAUUGCCAUCGGCCGCUGCUUCGAUGGCUCCUCCGAUGGCUUCUCCAGGGAGAUGAAGGCCGACGCAGGCACAGCUGUCACCUUCCAGUGCCGCGAGCCACCGGCCAGGCCCAGUCUGUUCCAGAGGCUGCUGGAGUCCCCGGCAGCAGUGCUGGGGGAUAUCCGCAGGGAGAUGGGCCGGGCUCGGCCCCUGGGUGUCCCCCGCCGGCGCCGGGGCCAGUGACCCGGGAGCUGCGAGCUCACGGCCCAGCUCCAUCCCUGGAAGUCUCAGGCCUUCCUCCCCAGACAUCCCCUCCCCAGGUCCCCAGGGCUCCAGCUCAGAUCUGAGAGUCAGGACAAAAGCUAGGCCCAUGGCGGGCCAGGAAUGGCGUAGGCUUGGAGGUGGGGAGCAGGGGACAGCUGUCCAGGGCCUGGGCACUGGUGCCUGCUCACCGCUGAGGCAGCCCUCUGUCGCUGCGUGUCCACCUGGAUUCCAGAUCCCUGCCCCGAGCUUUGUUCUGGGGUUAUUUAUUGAAAUAAAGCUGGGGGCUGGUUGUGGUGCGCGUGGGGUCCGGGCUGGGCCCAGUGACAGAGGAGGAGGCUUCUUGGGAUCCCCAUGCGGGAACGGCCUGGGGCUGAGAGGACCACGCUCCUGUGUUUGGUGCUUGGAGAUGCUGGGGUGUCAGGGCUGGGCUGGGCUGGGGGCUCGAUUAAAGAUGCUUUGUGUCUGCCCUGCAGUGUCAGCACUGAGG